AUGCCACCUGCGUUGUGGAUGGUGUGGGCUUUGGGGGCUAUAGUCAGCCUCCCCACGGAAGGGGCUCCUGACCUGCCCUCUCUGUCUUGCGACCCUGCCGGCAUCUGCGAUGGGCGCUCCAGAUCCUUCCAAUCCAUCCCCUCGGGGCUCAUGGCAACGGUGAAAAGCCUUGAUCUGUCCAACAACGAGAUCACCUAUAUCAGAGACAGAGACUUGCAGAGGUGUGUGCACCUCAGGGCGUUGAUACUGAUGUCCAAUGGAAUCGACACGAUAGAUGAAGAUUCUUUCUCUUCCCUGGGCAGCCUCGAGCACCUGGACUUAUCCAACAACCACCUAUCUCAUUUAUCCGCCGCCUGGUUCAGGCCUCUCUCGUCCCUGAAAUUCUUAAACUUGCUGGAAAACCCUUACAGAACCCUUGGGGAGACAUCUCUGUUUUCUCACCUCCCACAUUUGCGAAUCCUAAGAGUAGGAAGCCUUUACACCUUUGCGAAUAUUCGGAGGAUGGAUUUUGCCGGAGUCCGCUCUCUCGAGGAACUUGAAAUUGAUGCAUCCAACCUGCAGAGCUAUGAGCCACAGGGCUUGGGGUCCAUCCCCAACGUGAGCCGCCUGGUUCUCCACCUGAGGCAGCCCACCUUGCUGCUCAAGCUCUUCCCAGACCUUUUAAGUUCUGUGGAGUGUCUGGAGCUCAGAGAGACUGAUCUGGAAGAUUUCCGUUUUUCGGGGCUGUCUGUCACUGAACCGAAUCCACGGAUUACCAAAUUUACCUUUAGAAGUGUGAAAAUCACCGAUGAGAGUUGUAAUGAAAUACUCAAACUGCUGGCUUAUGUGCCUGAGUUACUGAACUUAGAGUUUGAUGACUGCAUCCUUAAUGGAGUUGGUGCUUUUGAAGUACCCGACCGAGACCUAAGUCAAGAUCUGGGUAAAGUCGAAACGUUAACAAUACGGAGCUUGCACAUCCCCAAGUUCUACUUAUUUUACGAUCUGAGUACCAUCUAUUCACUCUCAGAAAGGGUGAAGAGGGUCACAGUGGAAAACAGUAAGGUUUUUUUGGUUCCUUGUUCAUUCUCGCAACAUUUAAAAUCAUUAGAAUACUUAGAUCUCAGUGAAAAUCUGAUGGUGGAAGAAUAUUUGAAAAAUUCAGCCUGCGAGAAGGCCUGGCCCUCUCUGCAGACGUUAAUUUUAAGGCAAAAUCAUUUGACAUCGUUAGAAAAAACCGGAGAGACCCUGCUGACGCUGAAAAACCUGACCGACCUUGACAUCAGUAAGAAUACUUUUCACGCCAUGCCUGACACGUGUCAGUGGCCGGAAAGGUUGAGACGGCUGAACCUGUCCAGCACACGGAUACACAGUUUGACGUACUGCAUCCCACAGAGCCUGGAAAUCCUAGACGUUAGCAAUAACAAUCUCAAUGCAUUUUCUUUGACUCUGCCCAGACUCAAAGAACUUUAUAUUUCCAGAAAUAUGUUAAAGACUCUGCCGGGUGCCUCCUUGUUACCCAUGCUACUCGUCAUGAAAAUCAGCAGGAAUUCGAUCAACACUUUCUCGAAGGAGCAGCUCGAAUCCUUUCAGAAGGUGACGGCCUUGGAAGCCGGAGGGAACAACUUCAUCUGCUCCUGCGACUUCCUGUCUUUGACUCAGGAGCAGCCCGCGCUGACCAGGGUCCUGGCGGACUGGCCGGAGAGCUACCUGUGUGACUCCCCGUCCCACGUGCGUGGCCAGCAGGUGCAGGACGCGCGCCUGUCGGUGUCCGAGUGCCACAGGGCAGCUGUCGUGUCCGGCGUGUGCUGUGCCCUCCUCCUGCUGACGCUGCUCGCCGUGGUCCUGUGCCGCCGUUUCCAUGGGCUGUGGUACCUGAAGAUGACGUGGGCCUGGCUGCAGGCCAAGAGGAAGCCGAGGAAAGCGGCCCGCAGGGACGUGUGUUACGAUGCGUUCGUGUCCUACAGCGAGCACGACUCCUACUGGGUGGAGAACCUACUGGUGCAGGAGCUGGAGCACUCCGACCCCCCGUUCAGGCUGUGUCUCCACAAGCGGGACUUCGUUCCCGGCAAGUGGAUCAUCGACAACAUCAUCGACUGCAUCGAGAAGAGCCGCAAGACCGUCUUCGUGCUCUCGCAGAGCUUCGUCAAGAGCGAGUGGUGCAAGUACGAGCUGGACUUCUCCCACUUCCGCCUCUUUGAUGAGAACAAUGACGCCGCCAUUCUGGUGCUCCUGGAGCCCAUUGAGAAGAAGGCCAUCCCCCAGCGCUUCUGCAAGCUGCGCAAGAUCAUGAACACCAGGACCUACCUGGAGUGGCCCACGGAGGAGGCUGAGCACGCCGGCUUCUGGGGGAACUUGAGGGCCGCCAUCAAGUGCUAGGUUCCUGCCCGAAGGCCAGUCUUGGCCUACCUGUGGUCUUUAGGUGCCUUGUUUCAAUGUUUAUUCUGACGAUAACCACACCAAUGUACUUUUCAUUUGAGGACCUGCUUACUACAACUGUUUUAUGAAAACUCACCAGGUUAGGAAAAAUGGCUUUGGGUGUAUCGUUAUAGGACAGUCACGGUCUAAGUCCGUUAGCGGUAUCUGGAUCGUCUGCAGCCUGUGGCUUGGAUCUUUAGGACAGAAUGCAAAUGAACCGAAGACUUCGAAAGACCACGUCAGGCCAGUCAGCUUUCUGUGAAAGAGGGUGCUCUUCCCCACGUCUCUGUGCAGCUGGUCUCAGAGCACCAAGGGGAAACGUCUGGGGCGCUCAGCCAAACUGGUUGUCAUCCUGGGGAGUAAGAGCUGUGUGUCCCAUUUACGUUGACAGGAGACAGUACCAGAGGGUGUUACUGUCAUGUGAACUGGGUCUGCCUGGCUAUCUGAUGGGUUUUCCCAGCAGCAGGUACUUGAGAGAGGGCGCACAACACAAGGAACACUAAAUUGUGUUUUCCCAUGAGAACAAAACUGUUAGAACAAAUGAAAUACUCAGUUUGGGAGACUUUGGAAGAAGCUUCCACAUGCUGCUUCAGGUUCUGUAGCUCUUAGCACCUGUUCAGUUCUACUUGGUGUCUAAUCACCAAGGCGCUCAACUUCUGGUUUCUUCCCGUGGUGUCUUGUUGCUGUUUUUGCUUUUUUCUUCUUUGGAAAAAAAAUGAUUUCUAAUUCUUAAAAAAAAAAUCUUCCUUUUUUUCCCUCCUUUGGAAAAUUAAAAAUAAAUACAUGUGAGCUAAAUAGAUUUUAAAUAACUAUAUACCUGGAGAUUCCUCACAAUGUCUCAAAAGUAGUUUGAUACACAGUAAUUGGAAGAUAGAAGCUACUACCGUGUGUAAAUGUUUGUGAUCAAGAUUUAAUAGUGCAUUAAAUUUAUGUGUUACUUUUUGCUAAGAGCUGCCCAGUGAUACCGUGCACCUGUCUCCUUACUCUGGGAACCAUAUUCCAGAGGGAGCAAACCUGCUUUGAUUUCUUCUCAGCCAAAAUUGGGUCUCUGUGGCUAAGUGGGCUCUGGGGUCAGGAAGACCUGGGUUAGUAGAUGGGUAAUCUUGGCCAUGCCACUGGACCUGACCCCAAAUGUUUUCUGCCAUUAAAAUAGGGGUGAUAGUCUCUCUAUCCAUGGGAACUUAGGGUUUGAAAUUCAGGAAUAGAAACAAACCGCAGAGUAUAACAUCCUUGGUCUUCUUCCCCUCUGGCGGUUAGUGGGAGGGCAAAAGCUCCAAGUCCCAGAGAACGGGGACCACAGGUACCUGUUUCCCUUACACGGU